AAGACAACAACCAACACGUCGGCAAGGCAACAACUCUCGGAGAAUCCACAAAACCGCCAGACAACCAUGCUGCGCUUCGCCGUCUCCAAGGUCGCAACGGUAGCCCUCAGACCCGCGGUGAGCGCAGCGGCACCGCGGGCGGUCGUGGCGGCAACAACAGCCUUGCCGCCGCAGCAGCAGCGCUUCUUUUCCGCGAAGGAGGACGAGGAGGUCGUCAAGGUGGUGCUGGCAGACUCCCUCGAGUGGGCGCUCUCCAGCCCCCCGCCGAUCCACCAGUUCGACGAGCCCCCCAUCGUCGUAGAGAUCGCUGAAGCUUAAAAGAUCAUUAGUAGCGGGUGGAUGGAUGGAUAAUUUGCACAUGCACUGCACCCGGCGCGAUCUUCGCGAAGGGGGACGUGCGUGAUGGGGAAGGCUUCGCCGUGCAGGACGGUGACAACGGAGUGGAAGGGUUGGGGAACAACAUAUCGGUGAAGUCGAUGCGAGCGUCUGAGAGCCGCGGUGGCACCUACAAAGAACCCUACCGAUGGGUGUGUGUAUCGGCAGCCGAGAACGUGCCGACAAGAAUAGCUGACGGUCGUCUUCUGUCUCUUUUUUUUUAGCGCUUUGUCGAUGUUCGAGCGGUUUUUCAGGGGGGUCUUGCCGGAGCCCUUUGCCGAGUGGGUUGGGUUCGUCGCACGAUUUGAGUUGUUGCUGUGGUGGGUGUUGCCUCUCAUGUACCACGACACGUACAGCAGACGAUACGGGUCGCCGGAAGAACAGGGUGGGACCGGUGGAGGGCUUCAGGAGUUUACUUAGGCGCGUUGCUACGCAAGUCUCGUUUGAGAAUCUAGCUUGCCAUCAACACGGAACCACACUCUGAAGCACUUGAUUUUGGUUGGGGGGGGGAAACAUCGCGUUGUACAACGAGGGAAGAAACUAAAAUACUGCUGUAUUUGCUGCAUCCUGAAGGUUGAGAAUUCGAUAUGAGUUUCGAUCCACGCGAAGAACGUUUUUUUGUGGCGUGCGCCCUUGACGUAGUACGCAGUACGCGUGCUCCUUCAAGUUCGAUCUGCCGGGUGCGGUUUUGUCUUCUCGUGCGCAAACCACGCCCGGUGCGCACCCCUUGUUCUUGCCAUGCCUCGUUCGUUCUCGAGUCCGUCUGGCUUCGUCA